AUGGCCACGAAUAGCGCGGCUGCUGAGGCGGACGCGCGCCGCUCGCAGGUGGCCGGCGGCAUCGUCGCCGCCCAGGCGGAGGUGAUUCGACAGGAGGAGGCGAUGCGGCAGCUCACGGCGGACAACGAGAAGCUCAAGAAGGAGAUAGCGGCCGUGAGCGGGGUGCCGUACGACUACGUCAAGGCCGACAAGUUCGCGGCGCUGAAGGGAGAGGUGGACGCGCUGGAGCGACGCUACCAGUUUGAAAAGAUGAAGAAGAACGAGCUGACGCGACAGUACCAGCUGGCCCGAAUUGACCUUCUACAGAGCCGCCGGUUGAAGGGUGGCGUGAACGCCGAAAGGGAAAAUGCCGAGGCGCUGCAGCGUCAGGUAGACAUCCUAGAGAAUCGUCUGGAUCAGGCACUGACGAGGUUCAACGACGCUAUUUCGUACAACAAGGAGCUUCGUGACCACAUUGACAUCAUCCGCGAGGAGCGCCGCGUCUUUCAGCGUGUGUACAAGCGGAUGGAAGACGAUCUGGGCUCGAAGAAGAAGCUCAUGUCAGAGCGCAUUGAGCAGUCCAACAAGGACCUGGAUGAGCGCGACGGGUACCUGCGCCAGGUGGAGCAGCUGCAGAAGGCGAUCAAGGAGCAGAAGCAGGAGUACGAUGGGAAGGUGCAGGAGUUGGAUGCGGCGAUGGUGGAAAUCGGGGAGAUGCGAAAGGAGCAGCAACGACUGCAAAUUGAGCUUGAGGCGCGCCAGUACGAACUGGACAACACCGACAGCAUGGCCGCCACCAAUGCCACGGGUGCUGGAGACACGGGCCCCAAGCGGCGUCAGCUACUCGAUGACAAGACUGAGACGGCGAAGGAGGACUUGACUGAGGGCGGUGAAACGGACCCUGCCGUGGAGGAUGAGCCGGACAUCAACGAGGUUCUGCGACAACUCCAUGAGUUCUCACAAAACGGCGACAUGGUGUCACUGGCGAAGGAGUAUGAGUCACUUGGAGACACCAAUUUCUCGCUUUACAAGUACGUCAAUGAGCUCACCACAAACAGGGAGGAGAUGGAGCGCGAUAUUCGCACGCUAAAGUCUGUUAUCGCGGCGGAGCACGAAAGUGAGGCGAAGCAGAAGUGCCUCAUCAAGGGGCUCGAGGAGCGCCUUGCUCAGACAGAGGGGCUGCUAGAGAGCCUCCACGUAUCCACAGAGAAGCACAAGGAAGUCCUUGCAAACAUCCGUGUUGUGACGGAAGAGAUCUUUCACGAGUUGGGUUGCUCCAUGGGUGACGCCCCCAAAUCGUUUCUUGCCAAUGACCACUGCACGGAGUCGAACCAUUUGCAGUUUCUCGGGAAGAUUGAGGAGCGGGCGACGAGCAUCAUGUACGCGUUUCAGCGGCACCGGCGCAAGGAGGCCAGAAUGGCCGAGCUAGCGACGGAGGAAGAGUCGAAGCGCAUCCUCGCGCUUCAGGAGGGUGCCCCCGUCCCCACCGCCAACGCCGCAGAGGAGGAGGGGGAGGAGUUGAUGAAGACCGCCUUGGCGGAGACCGCGCGGCCGCCGGAGGAAGGGAUAGCGGGCGCCUCCGCCGAAGACGCCCCGGCGCUCACACCGACGGCGGAGGCAAAGCCGCACGACGGGGCGAGGGAAGGCGCGGGGGCCGUGGAAGCGAUGGCGUUGACGAUAGAGGAGGAGGGGCCGCCAUUUGUUCCCAUGCUGAAUAUGCCGGGAGAGCAGGGCGUCAACGCGGUGCGGCUGGUCCGUCACCUGUGCCUGCCGAGCGCCCACCUCGGCAGCGACGAGGGCGUCGAGGUGCUGGAGGAGGGGGAGGGGGACCGCGUGGUGUCGCACGAGGAGGUCCGGCGACAGAUGGAGCGCCGGCUUCUCUCAAAGCGCGAGCGCGAGGAACGCGCGCAUCGCAGGCGGCGGGAGCUGAAGGAGCAGCUGGCCGGCCAAACCACCGCCCCGCGGAAGCGGUAG